CGUCUCCACUAAAAUCUCGUCUCUUUCCGGUUGUCAAAUUUUUGCAAGCAGCAAGCAUACUAGCUGACGAACCAGAUUAAUUUUAAGUUUUAUUAAAUAAAUUUAAUUAUAAAUAAACAAAAAUGGCUUUCGGUGAUGUUAAAACCCCACAAGGUCUUAAGGAAUUGAACAAUUUCUUGGCCAACAACAGCUACAUCAAUGGUUAUGAACCCUCCAAGGCUGAUUUAUCUGUGUUCGAGGCUUUAGGCAAGGCCCCCACUGGUGAUGUACCACACGUACAACGUUGGUACCGUCACAUUGCCUCUUUCGAGGCCAGCGAAAAGGCUGCCUGGGGCGGUUCCCCCUUGCCACAAGCUGCCGGUGCCAAGCCCACCGUAGCUGCACCUGCUGCUGCUGCCGAUGAUGAUGAUGACGAUGUCGAUCUCUUCGGCUCCGAUGACGAAGAAGAUGAUGCUGAAGCUGCCAAGAUCCGUGAAGAACGUGUGGCCGCCUAUGCUGCUAAGAAAUCCAAGAAACCCGCCUUAAUCGCCAAAUCCUCCGUAUUGCUCGAUGUCAAACCCUGGGAUGAUGAGACCGACAUGAAGGAAAUGGAAAAGAACGUACGCACCAUCGAAAUGGACGGUCUCUUGUGGGGUGCCUCCAAAUUGGUGCCAGUCGGUUAUGGUAUUAACAAAUUGCAAAUUAUGUGCGUUAUUGAAGAUGACAAAGUAUCCAUUGAUUUGUUGACUGAAAAGAUUGAAGAAUUCGAAGAUUUUGUACAAUCUGUCGAUAUUGCUGCCUUCAACAAGAUCUAAACGGUAGUUUGUUAAAAAAUAAAGAAUAGAGAUUUUUCGAAAAUAUUCCAAGAUAAUAUAUAUGUAGCAGCAUGUCAUUAUGCAUAAAAAUGCGUUAAA